GUUUCAGCCUCGGUCUCUGUCGAUUUCGUCUCAAGCAUAAUGGGUGUUCGUCCUUUGAUCCGGAGGACUCGAACCGUCCUCCGCCGCAUGUCCGCGGACAACGAGGCCACGGACGAGGCUUCCAUCGAGCAGCCGUCGGUCCACCAGAGCAAGAGCCAGCAGAAUUCUGACUCGCAGGGCGGGGCUGAGGCCUUUGGCAUCCCGGAGGCACGCGACUCUAUACCAAACAGGAACCAGCGCGGUGUCCAGGAUGUCGAGGCCGUGACUAUGACCUGGUCCAAGGGCACGCUGAUUGCAAUGUUCAUAAAUAUCUGGUUCCUGUAUUUCAUCAGCGCCUUCCAACUCUCCGUCUCCAGCAGUCUCAACCCGUUCGUCACCAGCGCGUUCAAAGCCCAUUCGUUAUCUGCAGUCCCAACGGCUCUCGGCGAUGCCUUCGCCGCUGCAACCUAUCUCCCGAUGGCGAAACUCAUGGAUGUAUGGGGUCGUGCAGAGGGCUUCCUCUUCAUGGUGCUGUGUCUGACAGUAGGGCUGGUUCUUAUGGCCGCCUGCCAUACCUUCGAGGCCUACUGCGCUGCGAAUGUCUUCUACUACAUCGGCUUCUACGGGAUGGAAUACGCAAUCGAUGUUGUGACGGCCGAUGCGUCGAGUCUGAGAAACCGUGCCUUCGCCUAUGCAUUCACGUCGUCUCCGUAUAUUAUCACUGCUUUCGCUGGACCGAAAGUAGCAGAGCGAUUCUACUAUGAGGUCUCCUGGCGCUGGGGAUUUGGUGCCUGGGCGAUCGCGAUGCCAAUUGUGGCUCUCCCACUGUAUGGCAUUCUGAAGUACAACCUGCUCAAGGCACACAAGGAGGGAUACAGGGUGAAGAGACCGAGUGGUCGAACGGUGUGGGAAAGCAUUCAGCAUUGGACGGUUGAGUUUGACUUACUCGGUGUUUUCAUAUUCACUGCUGGCCUGGUGCUCUUCCAGCUUCCGUUCGACAUCGCCGAUUACGCAGCGAAAGGCUGGGCCACAGACUACAUUAUCGCCAUGCUCGUGGUCGGAUUCUCUAUGUUGUUCUUCUUUGCCAUCUGGGAAAGCCUUCUCGCUCCAGUUCCGAUCUUUGAGUGGCGCUUGUUAACGAAUCGAACCAUCAUCGGCGCCGUUCUGCUGGAUGCCACGUACCAGCUGUCGAACUAUUGCUGGAGUUACUACUUUACCUCCUGGCUGCAGGUCAACAAUAACCUGACCAUAACCACUGCCAACUACAUCAACAACAUCUUCGACGUCGUCUCUGGUGUAGUAUUGUUGAUCAUCGGUUGGGCUAUCCGCAAGAUUGGCAAGUACAAGUGGACGCUGUACUUCUCGAUCCCCAUCUACAUUCUCAUGCAGGGAUUGAUGAUCUACUUCCGCAAGCCGAAUAUGAACGUUGGUUACCAGGUCCUCUGCCAGGUGUUUCUGGCUAUUAGUGGAGCCAUCUUUAUCCUGGUCGAGCAACUUGCCAUUCUCGCUGCUGUCGACCACCAGCAUGUCGCGACUGUACUGGCUUUGCUGAAUGUCGUCGGUACGAUUGGAAACUCAGCAGGUCUGACCAUUAGUACCUCGAUCUGGCAGAAUACCUUCUAUCCAGCCCUUGUACGAUACCUGCCUGAUUCAGCGAUGGACAAUCUCGACAUGAUUUACGAGGACCUUGGGACGCAAACGAGCUACCCUGUUGGAAGCACUGUUAGGACAGCUAUUCAGGAAGCGUACGCCUAUGCCGAGCUUAGAUUACUCUCUGUUGGGUGUGGGAUAAUGGUUCUUUCGAUUCCCUGGUGCAUCCUUAUCAGGGACGUCGACUUGAAGAAAAAGGUCCAGGUCAGGGGGACUGUGGUCUAGACAGUAUACCCUGCAUAUCCUCAUCGACUACUUGGCGUUAGUUUAGAAUUAGAUACCCACUAUACGACUCAUUAUGACAUUCGUGC